GUUGUUGAUGUACACAAAAUCUUUCGAGCACAUGUAAAAUGAUGGAGACUGAUGCAGAUGAUGACGAAGUCGUUUCGGAGGUUGAUGUGUUCCUCUCAAAGCGCUUGGCAGAAACUCUUUAUGUGUUUCAUUACCCUCAUAAAAGUUCUAAUAUUCCAAAUGAUGAUGUGGAAUGCCUAUCAGCUAGAAUCAAACCCAAGCAGCAAAAGCUUGAAAUGGAAAUAGCCAUAAAUACUCAUUCAUCCAAUUAUGAUAGAAGUAGAGGCGAACAAAUGGCAAUCAAUGUUGAUGGCUUGAAUCCUACGGGUGAUACUUAUUUUAAGAGUUCCUAUAUGGAUAAAUGUAUUCUUACUGCCAAAAAAGCUGGUUCACCUGCAGAUAGAUAUGCUGUUGGCUUACUGAGAAAAGAUGGUCUUCAUAUCACGCCUGUGCAUUCAAUUGUGGAUUUAAAGUCUGGUUUUACAUACAUGGAUAAAAUAGAUGCAUUGGUUAAGAAAUCUUUUGCACAAGAAGAGGAGGAAGAGGAAGAAGAAGCUGUUGCCGUCACUGUGAGGUUUGAAGGACCUAAUGCUGAAAGAGAAAGGCAGAUGAGGCAAAAAUCUUUUAAAUACCAGCAACAGAAAAAUGCUACAGAACCUUGGAUUAAUGUAAAUUACCAUCCUUUAGGGUCUUCUCGCUCUAAGAUGGAAUAUGAAAUGCUCUCUUGUUCAUGUAUGUAUCAGGAUGUGACAUCCAGUUGUGUUUCUUCUGAAGAGUAUAUGAAAGUAUUAGUUCCUGAAGCUCUUCGUCAGUCAGGAUUUCAUGCUGCUAAAGCUGAAGAAUUAGCUGUUCUUGCAGACAAACCUUUAUCUGAUCAAAUUAAACAUUUACUAAUUAAUGCACAUGUAUUAAACUUUUCACAACUACUUGAAAAGUUGGCAGCCAAAGUAGAUCCUGUAAGUGUGGAAAGAUUAGUUCAACAAUUUGCUGUGCUAGUUCAAGGUUGCUGGGUUGUUAAAAGUGAACUCCUAUAUGAUGAAGAUUCUGUUAGUGCGGCAACUGGUUUGAAUGCGAAAAUGCUUAUUAGUGCUCGUGAUUACAUAGUAUGGCUUUUUACAAAGUCAAGAAUUGUUACUCGGAAUGAAGUAUUGGCGUCCGUUUAUAUACCAAAUGAAGAUCUUAAAAACAUUUUAAGUCAGAUUGCUGUGCAGUCUGGCAGAGGAUGGGAGUUUAAAUAUCCAAUGGAUGCAGACUUCCUGGAAAGUCAUCCAGCAAUAGAACAGAGUCAGGAAAUAAAGUGGGAUCUUAGGUAUAAGAAACUUGUGAAGGAACUUAGCUUAGGAUUAUCCAAUUCUGAAGGGGACUUCCAAAAACAGCUUCAUCUAAUUGCUGCAAGACAGAAGCAGAAGCGUCAUUCUCGCAGUUCACUAAGCGAAGAUGGGGAAGAGAGUGGCACAGACAGUGCAUCUGGCUCCAAAGAAAGCAAAACCAAGAGAUCAAGCGGUCCUAAAAAACGUUCAAACGUCAGUCCUUCGAAACCGGGUGCAAAAGCGAAACCAUAUCAUAUCGCUACUCUUGAUGUUUCGCCAACAUUUUUGGAAACUACUCCACCUGACGAUGUAAAGGCUGAAUUGUGUGAACUUGUUGGUGAGGCCAUCAAAAAUCAAUGUAUAAUGAGGCUUGGCGAUCUUAAGGAAUUGGUUUCUGAAAGUCCUCUGAAUUCACUUGUUGGGAGAUCUGAUUUCGAAAAAUUGGUGGAAGAAGCACUCUUAAGAAGUGGUGCACAAAAAAUUAAAAAUAAGUGGCCCCAGAAUACCACUCCUGAACCACUAUAUGCUUUUACUAAAUUUGGAAACAAAACAGAUCGUUACAGGAAUGCCUUGUUGGAUUUGUUUUCAACAACAGCUAGGGCAAGAACUAAUUUUUUUGUAAAGAAAGUUGAAGAUGAACUAAGAGAAAUUUUAUCUGAUGCAGACUGCAGGCAAAUGUUUGAGGACUACUGCAUCUAUAAAUCAGGAUUUUAUUAUUUGAAAGGAACAGUAUCCACUGACACGUAGCACUGAGUCAUUGCUCUUAUUUAUAUAAUUAAUUAAAUUUAUUUAUUAAUUAAAAUGUUCUUUUAUUUUUCGACAAAAAAAUAUUAAAUAUUAGGAUUAGGAUUAUGACAUAUCAGCAACUGCUUUGGUAUAAUUUUUUUUCCCCUCAAUAAUUUUAAAUGCUUUGUCUCAAGGGUACACUUGUGUGGAGUGCCGACCGCCACUCCUGAGAUUUUUAUUAAAAUUAUUAAGCAAGAAAAAGUGAGACAAAUUUCGAGUUUAGUUGAAUUUUAUGUAAGGUAACUAAGUGCGAAAUUUUAUGUUGUUUUUUAUAAAAAGUAUUUUUAAAUGAAAAAACCAUGUCAUUUUUUAUGUCCAUUUUUUUUUUUUAAAUUAUAAAUACGGAAUCAAGUCUCUCAACCAGGAGUCAACUCUUCCAGAGAAGCACAGGGCCCUCUUGAAAUAAAAGCUACUCAUUGCAAAUAUGGCAUUUAAAAUAUUUUAACUUAAAUUUGGAAAGUUCUCACAUUAUUUGACUUGGGCCCCUCUCAAAAUAAAUUCCUAUAUAUGCUCCUGCACGUUAUGUUAUAAUUUUUACAGUAGAAUUUCAAUAAAUCAUUCUUUCUCCUGCCUUUUUCCCACAUGUAUCCUCUUUAUUUAAUGCUCCUGUCCUGUCAGUUGUUUGUUUUGCUGACUCACAUGCCUCGUUUUCCAUAUUUAUUAUUUGAAAUAAAUGAUCCUAUUGCAAAGUGAUCGAUAAAAGAUUUUGUUGGACAACUAUUUAGUAAUGAAUAGUGUAAAACUGGAAAAAAAUCAUUAAUGAUUUACAAAGAAAAUACUUAAACAGUUAAUGCAACAUCAAACUAGUGAAGUUACGAAUUUCCCUUCAUUCAAUCGCUGAUACUCAACCCGAGACCCAUUAAGCGUUUACUAGUAUCCUGGUAAAGUUGAAGCAGUGAGAAGCAAAGAGACAUAAGUGACAAAAUUAAAAAUUUGGAAAUAACCAGUACAAAUGGUAGAUGAACUUCUCCUCUGUCUUGGGGCAAGAAAUAGUACUAGUAGAUCUGGUAAGUACUGCUAUACAGCAUGCUUUUGGAAAAAAAUUCCAUGAAAGCCUACCUAGGACCCUAUCUUUAAAUGCAUGUUACUCAAAACUUGAACAGGUCCACUUACACCCCUUUGCUUCUCAUUGCCUCAGUUGACAACUGUUUUGUGCGGGUACACUUUGAAAACUAUAUUUUCUUCCCUUGGACUUAAAUAAAACAAUCUAUGAAUUUCAUAGCAUUAGAAAAGAUUGGCAUAUUAAUUUCUCUGUUGUGUCCCAUACGAAAUAUGUCAUGUCCUGAAGAAGAAAAAGGUUGAAUAUUGCUGCUUUAGAUGCUCCUUGAGGCUUUAUCACAUUUUGAUUUUUCAUCACAUCUUCAUAACUUUAGUUCCUACAUGCUUCAGUAUGAAUCAAAAGAGGCCUUAAAAUCAUUUGCAUUAUUAUCAUUCUUUUUAUUUUAGCACUUUGUUAUAGAUAUUUUGUUUGAUUUUGUUGGAAACGGGUGAUUGUAUUCUGGUUAACCAGAAUUCCUUUUUUCUUAUUUUUAAACUAAUAAUCCGAAAUGGAUAUUUCAGUGCUUCUGGUUUUACUUUUUAACAAUUCCAUGAAUAAUACCUUCGGUCAGUGACACAUCAGUCAGUCGGUAUAAUUUUAAUCUUUUUAUCAUGGGCAGUAUGUAACAGGGUUCUGACUAGUCACUUUUAAAGUUUCAAGUCCCUAAAUAUCUUUUUCCAAAAUAUGGUCCCUUUUUUCCUUUAAAAUAUCUUUUUCAUUUUGUAUUUUCCAUGCAAUCUCUUGUAUAUUUACAUUGAAAAAAAUAUAUGAAUGUGUUAUUCCCACCCCCUACCAUGAUAAUUAGUAAAUUUUGAAUCAAAUGGGAGGGGGGUAUCAUAGCAGUAGUUCAAAACUGUUAGCAAGGAUAAGAAAUUCAUUCAGCAUAUUUCUUUAUUUGUGGCAAAACUAUUUUUAAUUUAAUAAUAAUUUUUCAGCCGAUUGCUCUGUAAAGUUUGGCAAAGUGGUCGACUACCGAUUACUAUCAAUUAAUCAAUUCAUCUCUAAUUUUAACCUUUAAAAGUUAUUAAGGGCCUUAGGGACAAACUUAAACUAUGUUGGGAGCCGUGGCAAAAAAAAAAAUCAUUUCUUUCUUAUUUCUUUAUAGACAGACCACUUGUCUGAGAGUACUAAACUAGCUUUCAUUGAAAUAAGCAUAUUUGUUUACCUAAUGUGAUAAGUGAGCAACUGUCUUAAUAGUUUCAUGUAAUUGUCUGUCUGAGGGAGUAAAUCAUAUUUUAAAACAUAAUAAAAAUAAAAAUUUGAAAGUUAUGGUGCUGAAAAGUUUAUGAACUCACCCCUAAUAAGCACAAUUGCUAAGGAGAAAAUCAAGAGUGCUUUGUCUUCACAAAAAAUAAACAAAAACAGUAAAUACAAAUCCAACCAACCAGUAUGUAAACAUACAACUUGUAAAAUCAUCCUGUUUAAAUGAAAGUAUGCUACAUUGUGAUAGUAUUGAUAAACAAUUUCUGUGUAACAAUAAAUCUUUUGAUACUAUUUUGCUGAAAAUGUAAUAAAGUUAGUGUUGAAAUAAAUUUGUUUUU